AUGAGGAAUAGGAUUAGGAAGUUUACCUUUGGGUUGUCCCAUAAGUUGAUCUUGGAGAGUAAGGAUGACUUGUUUAACAAGGAUAUGGACAUCUCUAGACUGGUGGUGUAUAUACCACAAGUGGAGGAAGAAAAAAAGAAGCAAGCAGAGAUGAUUGAAAGGCUGAGCAAGAAAUUUUGCUAUUCGGAUCAGGGUGGAGUCGUCGGGUGCUCGUCGUUUUCUAUGCAUUAUGGUUUUUGCGAGAAAAAAAGGAAUAAGUGCUUUAAAUAUGGUCAAACUGGUCAUCUACAGAGGGAUUGUCCAUCUAAGGUUGCUUCUGGGGCGAAUAAGACUCCUGUUGUUGCUUCAUCCACUCCUACACCAAAGGGUACUACUUCUACUUCUGGCUUCGGCACUGGUCAAAAUCAUUUGUUGUCCAUGGGAAGCUUGUCCUAUGUGGAUGAAGAGAAGUGGUAUUUGGUUAAGGAUAUUCACCAUUUGACUAGUCUCAGAGUUCGUCUCUUGGAUUUUGAGAAUGGUGGUGCGAUUGUUUACGAGACGGUGAGGUCAUAUUUUGGUGCUGAGGUAAACAUGAAGAAAAUAUUAGAUCCUAUUCUGAUGCAAAUCAAGAAUGAUGCAGGUAGGUAG